CACUUCAAGUUCAGAAAAGACUAUUAAGCACACUAGUUAGAGUAUAAAAGUCCAUACAGUGAAAUUUUCUUCAGGAAGCAGGCAAUGUUGAAGUAUUGACUGACAAACAAGAAAGAAGUUUUAUUGUUAACAAAGAAACUCAACACACAUUGAUGACAUGUAAAAAUAUAGCAUUGUAUCCUGAUCUACGUAUAAUAAGGGAAUUUGGAAAAGCUGCAGUGUGAUGAACUACAAAAAACCAUUUGUCAGUUGAAUUCCAAAACUGCUGAGAAUGAGCUCUAGGGAGUUUCCACUGAACAUGGCUGAAGGCAGAAGUGCUGAUAAAGGAGAUGUGGACCAAGGGAAGCAAAGGUCUGUUAGUUCAAAUGCUAACAAAAAUGAUAUCAGCUGUUAUUCCGAUGUUAUAAAAAAUUUACUCAGUAUAACAACUAAGAGUCAGCAAGAAUCGAAGAAGAGAUAUAAGCUUGUAGUGCUACGUCCAAAACACCCUGGUGACAAGCUUAUGAUGCCACGUCCAAAACACCCUGGUGACAAGCUUAUGAUGCCACGUCCAAAACACCCUGGUGACCCCCAGCAAUCAGGGUCAAAAGAUGCUACAGAUCAUAACAGAUUCUUGCAGCAAGUAGAAACUGCCACCCCUUCAAAUAUUGGACCAUUGGAUACAAGUCAUUUUUACAUCUCACAGAAUAUAAAAACAGAGGACGAUUCUUAUUGGAUAGGACUCAAUGAGUCUCCCUCUUUAUGUACAUCAACUGCUACUGAUAAAACAUCAAUUCCUCAAAUGACAAAAACUGAAAAUGAUGUUGCAAAUGAAUCCGUCAUCUCACAGAAUAUAAAAACAGAAGACAUUAUAAUCAAUUCUGAUUUGACAGGACACAAUCAACCUACAUCUCCUGCUUUAUGUACACCGAUAGUUUCUACUGUGAUAAAAACUGAAAACGAUAAGGAUGUUAUAUCUGAUGCAAGAUUGACUGGUUGGAAUGAGUCUAAAGUCAAUACGUCUCACUCAGUGAAUUCACAAAUGUUGUCAGCAAGCAAGUGUAGUUCUACGAUGAUAAAUACAGAAAAUGAUUUUCGCAUAUUUGGUACCAGUUUGGGGGACCAACAUCACAUAUCUUAUUUUUCUCUUGAACCUUCACUCUCCCAUGUUGUCAAGAAUGAGACCAAUCUAACAAUAACUAAUUCCUCUUUGGAAAGUUUGCAUAUGUCUGUAGGGAAUGCACAUUGUCAGAAUGAUUCUUUAUCCAGUAAGAAGAGAUACACCUCAAUACUGCUCCCCAAGGACUCACCAAGUACACCAAUACACACUAUUUAUCAGUGCCCAGUCUCCCUUAAUCCAGUAAAAAGUUGGAGUGAUAUUAAAGGAGUUAUUGAUAGGACCAGCUCAAGGAAGAGACAUAUUGCCCCACAACAAUCAGCUUCCAAGGAAACCCAAUCCUCAGUUGAUAUGUCCAAGGAGGAGGAUGAAGAGGAAAGUAUUAACAAAUUUUUAGAGAUGUCUGGAAAAUUUUUUAAAUGUGGAUUCUGUGAUGAGGCAUUUGCAGAAGCAGAAGAACUGAACUGGCAUCUUAGGGAGCACAGCAGUUUCAACAGAAGGCAACCGGAGAAACGUCAGAAGCCGUGUCAGGAGUUUAAAGGGUCUUUGAUUACAGAAGCAUGUCCAAUCUGUUUAAAGCAAACUCCGUGCGAAGACUUGGGGCUACACUGCAAAUCUCAUGGCGUAAUGCUAACAGAAAUAAUGUUCAAUUGUGAAAAAUGUUCCACCUUGUUUAAUUCUUCACAGCGGCUCAAUGUUUGUGUUCACUUGGAAAACAACAAAGAGGCUCUUCAAAGGAGUUUGAGGUACCGCUGCUCAGUUUGCAGAGAGAAUUAUGAAGAGAUUUCUGCAUUUAAGGAGCACAUGCAAGCUCACAAGAUACCUGAAAGGGCACGUGCUCUAGCUAUAUACACAUGCCCAAUAUGUGACAAGCUUUUUUCCAACCAGUCUCUAUUAAAAAAGCAUCGAAAGAAUGGGUGUUCUCAAGAGGUAGCUAAGACGUGCAGAUUUUGUGGGCAGUUCUAUCAAAGAAAUUUUGAAAGUCCAUCUUCCAUUGGUACAAACAAUGGAUGCAUAAAAUGCAGGAAGUUCUUAAAGUUAAAAAUAAGUUUGAGGAAGCAAAUGUCAACUCAGAAAAUUCAUCGUUGCCCGGUCUGCUCAAGGUGUUUCUCUAGAAUUUUCCUUAUGAAAUCUCACAUGAGGAAUAACCAUAUACAGGAAGUCAAACAGAAGGGUUUCAAGUGUUUCAUAUGUGGAAAAGUUUUCAGGAGCCUCGGCAACAUUGGGCUUCACAUGAACUCUCAUGUUCCAGUCCGUAGUCUGCCUUGUCUUCUGUGUAGAAAAAAAUUCAGCAACGGUCUCCAUUUAAAGCUGCAUAUGAAAAUCCAUUCUAGUGAAAUGUUUUAUUGCAAGAUUUGUUACAAAAGAUUUUAUAAUGCCAAUCACUUCUUUCGACACAGGGCCAUGAACCCAAUAGAUUGUAACUGUGAGGGAUAUGCCAGCAACACAAAGCACAGUGCAUCUUGUGUGAAGGUCAGGGUCUUCUUCAAAGCAGGCAACAGCUACAUACUGGAUGUAUGCAAAGAAAGUUCGCUACAUGCGUGCAAGAUUUGUUCAGCCCAAUUCGAAAGUGUAAUGCAUUUGCAACACCACCUAAAAACAAAGCAUGAGAUGAUCAGAUCCAUACAUGCUCUACUAUCAAGGAAAACAUGAAGUGCUCAGUUCAAUCCAAAAUUUAUUUUGAAAAUAUUAAUUAUAAUCCACUUUGAAGUUUUUCUAAACAACAUAUAGUUUAAACUCCGUCUUUCUGUCAGAAAGUCAUCUGAAAGAUACUAUUUUGGAAUUCAAACAUUUGCAAGGUUUUGAUUAUUAUUUGUGUUUAAUGUCAUCUUUUAAAAAAUUUAAUGAUCUCCUUCCAUAAUUUUUUUAAUAUGAAUGUACGAGUAGUGUCCAAAGCUGAAAAUAAUAUGAUUUGAUGUGUACAGUAUGACAAUUAAUCUUCAAUGUUUUGUAAUUCUUGUAUAAAAGGAAGUUAUUCUUACUAAUGGUUCAAUGUAUAUUGCUAUAACUAAUAUUGAAUAACAUGUGAUAGCUCUGUGGGCAAAGUCGGGGUUAAGUUCACAAGAGUUGGAACUUUCUAUAAAUUGUGGGAGGUGAUAUAGCCCAUAUGCUUAUUAUCUUUUACAUGUAAAUACUUUCAGUGAAAGCAGCACGGUCUAAUGAGAACAUUUUGCAAGAUGGCGUGAAUAAAAUAAAAUGAAAAGUUUAAAAUUGUUACUGUUA